CGCUCGUCUCCCCUGGCUCUGGCCAUGUCUAUGUCGCCAGAGCCACGCGCAUCCGGCGCCGGCGUGGCGCAGGCUGCCUCUGCCACUGCACAUCUCGACAGCGUGGCAGAGCAGGCGAACCGGACCAUCGACACGGAGGUGCAGGCGCUCAUCGAUGCCUUCAAGAGCAUCGUGGCGCUCGCAGCGGUGCGCGACAAGGAUGCGUACACUGCUGCGCAGGGGGCACUUGAGGCUGAGGCACGGGCGCACGUCAUGGUGCGAGCGGCGCAGUCGUUGACGCUUUUGUCGCACGCGCUCAAGCUCUCGCUGCUGCUCUCCCUCGAGCCAGUCGACUCUCAGCAGGGCGAGGACCGUGGUAGCCGCACCACGCUCAACCAAGAGGCUCUCGAGCUCAUCGCGCGGGCGAGGCACGAGCGGGCUGAGUGUCUGCGGCUGCUGCAGGCGUGCGGAGUCGGCACUGCGCCCGUCGAGGGCGCCGCCUUGGCUGCCGCGGCUCCCGGCGCUGCAACCGACCCGGUCCGGGAGGAGGCACAGGACCUCCUGACCACCCCACCGCUUGAGCAGCUCAUCUCUGGCGCCGGCUCUCUUGCGGAUGCUACUCAGAGCAUGCCGAUCGGCACUGCCGCGCCGCCAGCACAGCCGUUCGCUCCCGAGUCAGCUGUACCGUCAGAGCAAGAGGAGGAGGACGAGGAGAUGGAGGAGGUCCCUGUCGGUACCUAA